CGCAAACAUAUGUUUUACACUGGUCAAACUUCAUUCUGAUGUAUAGUUUUCCCUUCUUCCCCUCCGGCUCAUGUGCUACUGGAGUACUGGCCUUCUGGCUUCUGCUGCAAAACGCUCCUGCUUCCGAUAGAAUCCGUUAGGUUAUACAGAGCUUUGACGUGACAACUGUUCUUUGUAUUUAGUAACCUUUCACCUAUUGGUUGUUUUCCUGAAAAGUGGAAAUUCAUUUCCUAAAAGGAAGAAUCGACAUGAGUUCGGAAGGCCAUGGGAAAACGUUGAACUCCCAAGAAAAGCGUAUAGAACGGAUGAAGAAGCUUAAAGAGCUGCAUCUGAAAAGGAAUGAAGCAAGACAGUUGAACCACAAGGAAGUCGUUGAGGAAGACAAGAGAAAAAAGCUUCCUGCUAAUUGGGAAGCAAAACAAAUGCGAGCCGAAUGGGUUAUUAAUGAUGAAGCUCAAAAAGAGGAGGCUAUUAAAAGUGGGCAAGAAUAUGACCGGGUAAAGUUGUUGAACAUAAGUGCAUCAGAAGCAGAACGUUUUGAAUGGAAGAGAAAGAAGAAGAACCCCGAUCAAGGUUUCGCCGAUUAUGAACAAGCGACAGCAAGGCAAUACAACAGGCUAAUCAAAAAUAUCAAACCCGAUAUGGAUGAUUACUGCAGGCAGAGGGAAAGGAUCGGGGAAGCUUUUUACGGCGGGCCGAACACAAUACUUCACGGGCUUCAUAAAGACACCAAGCAAGGGAUUGACAGGAUGGUCGAAGAUUUAGAAAAACAAAUAAUUAAAAGGGAGAAAUACAGUCGAAGGCGUACUCACAACGAUGAUGCAGACAUUGAUUACAUUAACGACAGGAAUAUGAAAUUCAACAAGAAAUUGGAGAGAUUUUAUGGCCAGUACACGACAGAAAUUAAACAGAAUCUUGAAAGAGGAACAGCAGUUUAAUUUGUCCUUACACAAAUGUUUGAUUAUGUAUAUUAAAUAUAAAGUGUAAAAUUUAUGUUUUGAA